AAUUUUGAUGAACUUGGUUUUCCUGCCAAUCAUCCAGGAAGAAGUACUAGUGAUAGUUAUUAUAUUAACACUUCCAUAAUGCUUCGAACUCAUACUUCUGCACAUCAACGUCAAGCUUUCCAAACUGGAGCAGAAAAGUUUUUAAUAAGUGCUGAUGUUUAUCGAAGGGAUGAAAUAGAUACGUGUCAUUAUCCGGUUUUUCAUCAAAUGGAAGGCGCUCAAAUUUUUUCCAUUAAUAAAGCUGUUGAAGAAAUAGUUUAUGAUAUGCAAAAUACUACAUCCCAACAAAAUCAUUAUAUAAAUACUGAUGAUAAAACUGCUGUUAGUUCCACAAAUCCCAUACAACCUUGUCACCCUGUUGAGGCUGCUAACGCAACAAUUUCUCAUCUGAAGUAUUCAUUGAAUGAAUUGGUUAGAAAGUUAUUUAUAGACGAAAAAAAUUUGCAAGUCAGGUGGGUCGAUGCAUAUUUUCCUUUCACUAGCCCUAGUUGGGAAAUGGAAAUAUUCUAUCAAGGAAAAUGGCUUGAAGAUCCGCGAUUUCUCAACCAAUUUACUUCUAAUGAAAUUAUUAAAUUUAAACCAUUCUCAAAAUAUCCUUCAUGUAUUAAGGAUCUAAGUUUUUGGAUGAAUAAUGACAAGGAAUAUGAAUUUCACAUAACUAAUUUUUGUGAAAUAGUAAGGGACAUCGCCGAAGACUUAGUUGAAGAUGAUAAAAUAAGAAAGUCGGUGGUUGAGAAAUUGGACGUUACUUUGCGAUAA